CAGAGUUACUCUGAAAGGGGGAAGAACAUGCACUAAAGUUUGACAGGAAAACACAACAUCUGCGCAACAAGCUGCACUUGUUUACCUCAGGGAAUACAGUAAAGAUGGAGGACUUGUGGGCAAUGACCCUUUGGGUGCUGAAGAUUUGGCUUUACCUCAUUUUCUUCCUCAUCAUGAUCCCAGCCAUGUUUGGCUUCUCACUGGGCAUCUCUGAGACAUACAUGACCAUCCUGGUCAAAACCUUAGAGUGGGCCACUCUGAAGAUACAGAAGGCAAAUACAGAAGAACAAGCACUCAAAGCCUCUGCAUCUAAUGGUCUCAUCCAGAGGGACGAUGGCUCUAUGGAGAAAGAGUUAGAGGAACUUAGACGGAGUCGCCCCAAACCCCCAGACGGCGGCAAUUUUACACUUAGUGACUGUUUUUAUUUCAGUCGGAGAGGAAUUGAGAGUAUUGUAGAGGAUGAGGUCACCCAGCGGUUCAGUUCAGAGGAGCUGGUAUUGUGGAACCUGCUGACUCGCACAAACAACGAUUUCCAGUACAUCAGUCUGAGGUUGACACUGGUUUACGGCUUCGGCAUCUUUGUGAGAUACUGCAUCCUUGCCCCACUCAGGAUAACGCUGGCCUGCAUUGGCCUCACCUGGUUAGUUAUUGGAACAUCUGCUGUUGGACUGCUCCCAAAUUGGAGGAUAAAGUUCUGGCUCAGUGAAUGGGUCCAUGUCAUGUGCUACAGGAUCUGUGCUCGAGGACUCUCUGCCACCAUCCACUACCACAACAGGGAAAAUAAACCAAACAAAGGAGGAAUCUGUGUUGCCAAUCACACCUCCCCUAUCGACAUUGUGAUACUCUGCAAUGAUGGGUGUUAUGCUAUGGUAGGUCAGGUACACGGAGGUUUGAUGGGAAUCCUCCAGAGAGCCAUGGUAAGAUCCUGUCCCCAUGUCUGGUUUGAGAGGGCAGAGAUGAAAGAUCGCCACCUGGUGGCUAAAAGGUUGAGGGAUCAUGUGAAUGACAAGACAAAGCUUCCCAUAUUGAUAUUUCCAGAGGGAACCUGUGUCAACAACACAUCUGUCAUGAUGUUUAAGAAGGGAAGUUUUGAGAUUGGAGCAACAAUCUACCCUGUUGCCAUUAAGUAUGACCCAAAGUUUGGAGAUGCUUUCUGGAACAGUUCCAAGUACAGCAUGGUCAGUUACCUGCUGAGGAUGAUGACCAGCUGGGCCCUCGUCUGUAAUGUCUGGUAUCUGCCAGCCAUGCACCAACAGGAGGGGGAAGAUGCUGUCCAGUUUGCCAACAGGGUUAAGUCAGCCAUCGCUCACCAGGGAGGGCUGGUGGAUCUACAGUGGGAUGGAGGCCUCAAGAGAGCAAAGGUGAAGGAGUCGUUCAAACAGGAGCAGCAGAAGCAAUACAGCAGCAUGGUGGUGGGUGACGACAGCAGCAACAGUGACUGAGAAUCACAACCAGUAUGAUGGACAUGCACAAGGCCCGGUUUUGGAGAAUAUAUACCAGAAAUAGGCUGUUUUCUCAUUAGCUGGAGCUAAAAAAAAAGAACACUGCCAAGUGGACUGAAACACUCUGAAAACUUUGGUACAGCUAACCGAGAGGAGAGUCUCAAUGAUUCACAGAAAACACAAGUGCAAUAUUGAAUUCCAUGAGGAGCAGACUGACUGUGAAAAGGGAUAAUCGCUUUGUUUUUACUGCUGUUAAAGGUAGCUACUGUUUUGAUUGAAUGUUAAUGCUGAUCAAAUGCUCUCAAUGAAUGAAUUGUGUGAUUGCAGUGAAGCCAAUAGAAAAACUGGCAACAUGAACAUCGACUUGUUGCCGUGCUGCUCAUUGUUUUUUCAAAAAGAAUUUAGUUUACAAAUGUGAUAUCAGUGGUGUGAUUAUGCUAGUAUAAAAAUACCCUAGAGGUACUUUGUAGGUUUUUUGUCUUAUAACAUAAUGUGGCAUUAUUUAAUGUAUAGACACAAAGAGAAAACACUGAAGAGCAUUUGAAUGUAGGUUUUAUGUAUUUUGAUCUUAUAGUGUUUUACUGUAAAAAAAAAAAAAAAAAUUAACACUGAUAUGCACCCUUGCAGUUAUGUUUCCUAGCUGUUUGUUUGUUUUUUAACACUGGUUGGCAUUAUAUAUCUUAGAUUUUAGGUACUCAAAAGGGAAACUUCUUGCACAGUGUUUUUUUGGAAUCCUUAUCCCCUCACCCACAAGCAGAAACACAAGGUUUGGCACUUCAAUAAUACUGAUGAUAAUGAUAAUGUGUGGGUGUGUAAAAACACAUUAAACGUCCUCAUGAAGUGUGACGGCUUUAUAGGAGAAUGCACAGCCGAGACUUUUUGGAUCUCUCUUCACUGCGUGGUUUUCCUGAAGGUUUCUCCUCACUGUCUCCUUUCCUGUAUGGGUUCCCAUCUGUGGCCCCUUAAAGCAAAUUAAAGAGGAGUUCAUUAGAAGUUCACUG